UUGCCAUAUAUACUAUAUAUGUAUAUAUGUUUGAAUCCGUCUGAUGACUCGUUAGUUAACUGGUGACUUCAGUUGAAAUACUGUUGCAAAUAUUUACGUACAUACAUUUAACUAACUUCGUUUUAUUUACAUUUAGCAAAACUCGUAGAUAUUCAUUCGACAAUAUGUCACUGUCCUUGAAAUUUCUAAUCGUAACAUUGCUCUUCCGGUUACGAUUUGUCAUAGCAAUUAACAACGAAGAAAGAAAUAGCGUUAAUUCAUAUCAUCUCAUGCGAGAGAUAAGUUGUUACGAACCAGUGGUUCGUGCAAUAAUAAAUGAAACUUUAUUUGGAUCGUUCAAAGGAACCACAUGGAACGAAUUAGCUUAUUUUACUGACACAUUUGGUCCUAGAUUGUCCGGUUCUGAGGUGCUGGAAUGUUCCAUCGACUAUGUGUUGAAUAAAUCUAUCGAAUAUGGAUUAGAUAACGUCCAUGGUGAACCUGUUACCGUGCCACGUUGGAUCAGAGGAAAAGAAUCAGCAACUCUUCUGAAACCAAGAAUGAAAGACAUUGCACUUCUAGGAUUAGGUACCAGCAUUGGUACUUCACCUGAAGGAAUUACAGCUCAAGUUAUUGUUGUGAACAGUUUCGAAGAACUUGACAAAAGAAAAAAUGAAAUAGCAGGAAAGAUCGUUGUAUUUAAUGAAAAAUAUAUUACGUACAGUCAAACGGUGAAGUAUCGAAGCAAAGGAGCGUCAAAAGCAUCGAAAUACGGGGCUGUUGCUGCUUUAAUUAAAUCAAUUUCACCAUUUUCGUUGUACACACCGCACACAGGCAUGCAAAGUUACGAUCAAAACGUGAGUAAGAUUCCGGUAGCCUGUAUCACUGCUGAGGAUGCUAGCUUACUCAGGAGAAUGGCUGAUAGGGGUGAAGUGAUUGAAAUCAAUUUGAAAAUGGAAGCGAAAAAUCUACCAUCCACGAUGUCGCGAAAUGUUGUUGCCGAAUUGCGAGGUUCCACGAAUCCUGAGAAAGUUGUCGUUGUUUCUGGCCAUAUCGAUAGUUGGGAUGUUGGCCAAGGAGCAAUGGACGACGGUGGUGGUGCAUUCGUUUCGUGGCAGGCUUUGAAAUUAUUGAAACAUCUUAAUUACAGGCCACGACGAACAGUAAGACUGAUCAUGUGGACGGCCGAAGAAUUUGGAAUGAUAGGAGCCAGGCAAUACAUCAGAAAUCACAAAAAAGAGGAGAAAAACUUACAAUUUGUGAUGGAAUCUGAUUUAGGCACGUUCAAACCUUUGGGCAUCGCAUUUACUGGAACGCAAGAAGUAAAAUUCAUUCUCGAAGAAAUUUUAAAACUCUUCUCAAGUAUGGGAGAAUUGAAACUUCGAAGUCCGAACGAUGGCCCAGAUAUCGAUUAUUGGGUAAAAGCAGGUAUACCAGGAGGUUCUCUCUGGACUCAAGACGAUAAAUACUUUUAUUACCAUCACACGAACGCUGAUACUAUGUUGGUCGAGGAUCCAGAAGCUCUCGAUAGAGGGACUGCCUUAUUUGCAGCAUUGGCUUAUGUACUUGCAGAUCUCAGUAUUGAUCUUCCACGACACAAAUGACACGCUAUUCAUGUUGUUGAUAUUGGUAAUAAUUGUAACAGAGAAUGUAAAGAAAGUGUUCGAUAUUGACACACUUUGGUAUUAAAAAAUUCGUAUAAUUUGAAUUGUACAAAGUAAAGGAAAUAAAAAAAAUGAAUUACUUUGAUAUU